UCACCCACACAACGAGAUAUCCUUUUUUCCGUAUAUGUGAAGGGCUCACUUGUUUAUGAACUGUCCUUUUUUUUGUGUCAUUUUAUUUUCUCCCCCAGAGCCCCUUCUCUGCUUGUGUCUGUCGUUCCCUGCUACAAGCGCCCUACCCAACUAACGUGGGGCCGGCCCUGAUUAUUCGACACUCCCAGAGAGCGUGAGUUGCAAGAAGAAAGUACUCGUAAAGGAAGGAGAAGAGAAGGGAAAAAAAGAAAAGAAGGGAUUCGAAAAAGGAAAAAAGAAACUUAAUACAAUAACUAAUUCGUCAUUCUAUCAUACCGUGCACGUUUUAUUCGAACCCUUUUCUCCUCUUUUCAUUCUUCUGCUGCUUGGGGGUUUUAUUAUCCGACAAACCUACGGUACCGCACCUGCCAACCUGCAACCAUCCAACCAACCCCCCCCUUCAUCCAUCCUCAUACCUCCAGUUGCGCAUCUCCCGUUUCACCAGCAAACCUUCCACAUUUCACUCCGACACUUUGCUACUUUCGACAACACAAUCCUUCAACUUGGAUCGGGAAUACAGUAGAAGUUGACCGCAAUGGAUGACAUAGAUCCCAAUCAUCUCAAUUACGCCGUACUCGUCCCCUUUAAUGGAACCAGCCCAUUCGGGGGCAAUUCGGUCACCGAGAACCUGAACAUUUGGUACGAGAGCGGUAAUUAUGCCUGGGUAAUGAUAUCCACCGCCCUAGUGCUCUUGAUGAUCCCCGGUGUCGGUUUCUUCUAUUCUGGUCUCGCGCGAAGAAAAUCAGCUCUUUCUCUAAUCUGGUUGUCGAUGAUGGCAACCGCUGUAGUUAGUUUUCAGUGGUUUUUUUGGGGAUAUUCUUUGGCAUUCUCGCACACUGGUGGCAAAUUUAUUGGCAACCUUGACAAUUUUGGAUUUAAGGGUCUUCUUGGCUAUCCUUCCGUUGCGAGCAGUAAAGUUCCGGAUCUGUUGUUUGCUGUCUAUCAGGGAAUGUUCUCUUCUAUUACGGUUGCCCUGGCUAUUGGUGCUGCCGCAGAGAGAGGUCGUAUGUUGCCCUGUGUGGUUUUUAUGUUUGUCUGGGCUACUUUGAUUUACGACCCCAUUGCAUGCUGGACAUGGAAUCCCUCGGGAUGGUCAUUGAAAAUGGGUGGAUUGGAUUUUGCUGGUGGAACACCGGUUCAUAUAUCAUCCGGGUCCGCUGCCUUGGCCUACUCUUUGAUGCUAGGGAAGCGACGAGGCCAUGGAACCCACGAGUUAAACUACCGCCCACACAAUGUCACUCAUAUCGUACUCGGGACAGUUUUCCUGUGGGUUGGAUGGUUUGGAUUCAACGGAGGAUCUGCUCUUGGUGCUAACUUGAGAGCUGUUAUGGCUUGCGUUGUCACCAACCUUGCUGCGUCUGUUGGAGGGAUUACUUGGUGUCUUCUCGAUUACCGUUUGGAACAGAAGUGGUCUACUGUUGGAUUCUGUUCGGGAGUCAUUGCAGGACUAGUUGCCAUAACUCCCGGCUCAGGAUUUGUCCCCCCAUGGGCUGCUGUCAUUUACGGUGUUGUCGGUGGUGCCGCAUGCAAUUAUGCUACUAAGCUCAAAUUUGUUAUUGGUGUAGAUGAUGCAUUGGAUAUCUUUGCUGAGCACGGUGUUGGGGGUAUUGUCGGAAAUAUCCUGACAGCCUUCUUUGCGGCUGAUUACAUUGCGAAUCUUGACGGUUCAUAUCUUGGCGAUCCCUCCAAGAUUCCCAGGGGUUGGGUGAACGGAAAUUACAAGCAACUUGGAUAUCAGGUUGCGGACUCUGUUGCGGGGUUCGCAUAUUCCUUCGGAGGCACUUGCAUCAUCCUCUUCGUCAUGAAUCUUAUUCCCGGGCUGAGCCUUCGUGCUACCGAGGAGGCCGAGAUUCUUGGUAUCGAUGAUGCUGAGCUUGGAGAGUUUGCAUAUGACUACGUUGAGCUUACCCGCGAAGUUAUCUCUGAGGACGAAACUGGACCUAAGUUGUCAUCGGAUAAUGGUGCGAGUGCACAACGACCUGAUAUAGCUGAGAAAGCUACUUGAGGUCUUUGUCGCUUUCGCUUUUCAAUAACAAUCUGCUUGAAUUCAACACCUUUUGUGUCUUUCUUCCUUUCUUUAGGAUUCCUACUUUCUCCUCAUCGCUUUUAGCGUACUGUGAUUUCUGUGCACCAACUAUUCGUACAUGUCAAGGAAGGUGGUUGGGAGCGUGGGAAAAAGUGAGAUUUAAUUAGUCGCAGUGAUCGGCUCUCUGGUGCAAAUGCAACAUUUUCCUUUUUGUAAUCUCUAUUCCUUAAUCGCUUGGUUCACGGGGCGUCUUGUUCCUUACGGUGGGGGUGUGAUUUGGAUGGGUGAUAGGCUUCAAUACACUCUUAUGUUCUUCUCUCGG